UGUCAGAAUCGUUGUGUUACUGAUCGGAUUAAAUUGACUUGGUGCGCGAGUGGUAACAAUUUUGAUCGCGAUUUUUCUUCGGUCUGAAAUCAAAAAGAACCACAGAAUGGAUAUGCAAACUAACCAGACGAAGCCUAAUGAAAAAUACCAACAACAACCAUGGUAUGGGUCGAAAACGAGUUGUGUGUCCGAAAAAAGCAAUGAUGACACUUUUAUGACAUUUCAAUCGAGGGAUCCCAUCAUCAACAUCCCUUUGGAUAAAGUUCCUACUAAAGAAAAAGUACCUGUUAACGGAGUAAGCGGACAUAGUCAUGGUAUACCGGUGGAACACCCCACAUCGUAUGGAGAAACUUUGAUGCACCUUCUAAAAGGCAACAUCGGGUCAGGAAUAUUCGCUAUGGGCGAUGGCAUCCGAAACGCAGGCAUCAUCGUGGGACCAAUUGUAGUUUUAAUUUUGGGAAUCAUCUGUACGCAUUGUCAACAUAUAUUGCUAAAAGCAGCUAGAAACCUCAACGAUCACAAAAAAUUGGAAGUCAGCCCGGACUUUGCCGAGACAGUAGAGCUAUGCUUCGAAAACGGCCCUCCAAAAAUCCAGGGUAUGUCCAAAUUCAUGAAAAGGAUGGUCAACGUAUUCUUGUGCGUCACCCAACUCGGAUUCUGUUGCGUUUAUAUCGUAUUUAUUUCGGAGAACAUCAAGCAGGUUUUAGAUUACUACGGCUAUGUUCUAGACGUUCAUCUACACAUGGCAAUCAUCAUUCUUCCCAUUCUAUUGACAGCCUUGAUAAGGAACUUGAAGUACUUGGCGCCAUUUUCCACCUUGGCAAAUGUACUGAUGUGCGUUGGCAUCAUCAUAGUUUUGUAUUACGCGUCUCAGGAUCUUCCCGAUGUUACCGAGCGACGCUACGUAGCCAACUGGCAACAGCUACCGUUGUUUUUCGGUACCGCUAUCUAUGCUUUUGAAGGAAUUGGACUGGUGUUGCCACUACAAAACGAAAUGAAGGAACCCCGAAAAUUCACCAAGCCUGCAGGAGUAUUAAAUUUGGGCAUGAUCAUAGUUACUGCAGCUUAUUUGGUAGUCGGAUGCUUGGCCUACAUCAAAUAUGGUGACGAUAUUAGGGGCAGUGUAACGUUGAAUCUGCCCCAACACGAAGUAUUGGCGCAGUCAGUGAAAGUAAUUAUUCCAUGUGGAAUCCUUUUGACGUAUGCCCUUCAAUUUUACAUCGCUGUGGACAUUAUUUGGCCUAACGUCAAGGAAUUUCUUGGUCCCAAUGUGAAAUAUCCUGUAUUCGCUGAGCUUGCUUUCAGGUCGCUGCUUGUACUCAUCACAUUUAUUCUUGCAGAAGCAAUCCCAUUCCUAGGCCUCUUCAUCUCACUGGUCGGGGCAGUAAGCAGCGCAGCCUUAGCCCUCAUCUUCCCACCCAUCCUGGACACAGUCAGCACCAUGACAUUCGGAAAACUGACCAGCUUCCAUAUCAUCAAAAACGGAUUCAUCAUUUUAAUCGGCGUUGUCGGUAUGAUAACUGGCAGCUACGAGAGUAUCGCUGCUAUUGCUAAAGCUUUUAUGAAUGAAAGUUAGUCAUCAUUUAUUUGUUAAGACCUUAGAUUUGUUAGGCUAAAUAAUUAUCAGGAAUUAAAAGCAAUCAGAUUGCUGCUUUGAUUUGAUUUUCAAUAAUUAAUAAUUAAAACCAACCAAUAUGUUGAAUGUUGAUAGUUUAGAUAUUUAAACCAAAAGUAUCCACAAAAAACACAAGUGGUAAUCGUAGCACCAACUGGUUUUGUUAUAACUGAUACUAUGAAUUUGUACUGAUUCUGGCAUGGUCAGAGUUUGGAUAUUUGUUCGUUUUAGAAUGGUUUUUAGAAGAUUUUGUUUUGUUGUCUAUCACUUAGAGUGAAAAUUGUGCUCAUUUUUUAAAAAUAUAAUUAGUAUUACGCUGCGACAAAGUUGUCAAUCGAUUGCAGGUAUAGAAUUGAAGAAAAAAAAAUUAUAGGUAUCCACUUCCGAAUAAAUUUUAUAAGUUUUGAGUGAAAGUUUUUAAUUUUUUAAAAGAAUAAUACGCAACUAUAAACAGGUUUUAUAUGCUUUGUGGUGUGGUAGAUUUUUUAAAAUGGUCCGCUCUUACUUAUGGAGUAAAAAUCCUGGCAUAAUUUGCCCUUCAAUACCUCCUAGCCAUAAAUAAAGUUACCCAGUAAUAUAGAAAUCAGAAAUGAAAGAUUUCCCUCAACAAUUUUUAAUUAAUGCCCUAGCGUGUUGUGAUAGCUAUAAUUCCAUGUGAUUUUACUCGAGAUUUUUUAGGAUUUAGGUAUUUACUUGUGAGCGCACAAUUGGGCCUUUUUGAUUAAAUUUAGCAUUAGAAUGUGAUAAAUAGCCAAUAGUUUCACAAUUUUGCACUCACAAGGAUUGUCUAAGUUUUGUGAUGGUGUCUGUGGUAAGAUAAAACGUUAAAAUUAAGUAUUAAAGUAUUUAUUUUGUAUUGUUAUCUUCUUUGGCGCGUCCAAACAAAAAUGUGUUUAAAACAAUAAAAUAUAUAAAUAAGAAUCAAUGUAGGUAGUACCUACUGUGGUACCUAUAUGUAUGUAGUAUGUAAGGUUAGACUUAAUAAACUUAGGUUAGUCUUAAACAAGAGGUUUAUAAAUCAGGCAUAAGCAUAAGGUGUCUUUUUUUUUUUCACUGACGAUUAAGGUUCAGUUAUCUUAUCUUUUUUUUUUGGUUGAAUACGUAACACUUCUAUUGUAUCAUUAUAUCAUCACAGUAUUAAGAAAAUUUUAAAUACAUAUUAAACGAAUCCUAGAAAUCAAUAAAAAUUAUUCGCUAAUUAGUUAAUAAACCACGCCUUAAUCCUUGAUGACCUUAAUUUGUAUUAUUAUUAAUAAAUAAAAAAUGUAUACUUAGAUGUGUUUAUCAUAUUAAUCCUUAACUAUACUUUCUACAGAUAAGCAGUUCGAGGUCAGUUAAGUUAGCCCCCCACUAAAAAUUUUUAGAUGAAAAGUUAUCUAAACUACGCGUCAAUCGAACUCGAACACCCCAAUUUUUGGUCACUUUUUGUAAGACCAUAACUCAAAAUCUAGAAGGCCGAUUUUAUUCAAAUUUUCAGGAGUGAAAGGAUGCUCUAAUUCCUAUUUAAUUUCCAGUUCUUAACAGAUUUCCGGCCACCUGCUAAAAGAUACAGGGUGAAAGAUAAGUUGGCGAUUUUUGUGCGAAAGUUUGGGUUCACUCCAUUCUGCUGGAGGGAGGGUUAAGUAGAUUUUUGGUAUGCAGUUCAGAAGAGUACCUUAGUACCUCGAGACGUUUUUGAGAUUUUUUGAAUAUCGCAGCCGACUACGAUUUUAUCAUGAUCUAUACAAUUUUAUGUAAGAUAUAGCUAUUGACGUCAUUAUUUCUUUUCGGAACAAACACUACAAGAAUGGCGCAUGUGAAAACACACUUAGAACAUAUUAUACAGGGUGAUACAAACAUAUACAGUGUGUCUAUUUUUCUAACCAGAGGUAUCUUGGUUAUUAUCAAAGAUACGAGGUUGGUUAAAUUAGGGCAAAUUUCUCAAUGGGCAAAGUCGCGCAAUUUUAUGGCUAAUAAAAUGGGGUUUAACACUAGCACUGCUGCUAGAAAAUAUGAAAUUUUC